AUGAUGAAUGAUGCCGUUUCUAUUAGUGUAACUUCUCAACAUACAGCUGAAUCUGCAUUCGUGAUCGAUGAUCCACGAGAAACAAUGAAUCGCAUUCUAACAGAAGUGAAUUUAAGUUCAGUUCGAUCUCAAACAACUAAAUCAAUUAAAAACCAGUCAAAAAGUGGCCUUCAUCGUUUAGUGUCCAAAUUUAAACGAGGAUCAAGCGCUCUUCAAGAGAAACUAGCUGAGACACUCAUGCCUGGCCAAGGCCAAGAACUAAUUCAAAUAGCUCAGCUUCAAUCACAAGCUAGAGAAGAACAACAAUUUCAACUAUCAAUAAGUAAUGAAAUGGUUCAAAGUCAUCGUUCAUGGAAAUAUGAAAAAGUAAUGAGUACAUUUGGAUGUACCCGACAUGCUAUCACAGCAGCUCGUCAAAUGUAUGACGAUGAAGAGUACCUGCUAAAUAAGGACCAAGAACCGGUCAUCCGACAGCGUGCUGAUCCGGAAAAGAUUAAACACUUUGUUAGUUGGCUUGUUGAAAGUAACACACUUGUCUCGAGUAGAGUAUAA